AUGGCAGACCCCAAGGCGCCACAUAAAAUCACCCAAAUUGACGAGAAGAAACGCCUAUGUUUUCUAGAAUGGUUUAGUAACGCGAGAUUCGAAUGCUCAAAGGAAUCUAAAUAUCGCUACGUCUGCAGGGAUCCUGACCUUCACAAGAAUGUGAAUGACCUUUUCGAAGGGAUCUACGAAAAGGGAUUUAAAUAUACCGCGUGGAGAGACCAAGGCGAAUUCAGGGUCAUAAACCCGUCUGGUUCUGCAGAAAUCGUUAUUAUUUCUGGCACGCCACGGCUUAAACGAUCGAAUGCAAUACUACAACCAGGGUCCAUUACUGAGAUCACCAAUAGCGACGCCUUGACUCCUCCUUUGAACUGCAUUUAUGUGUUUGACGCCCUAGUGUUCCAUGAUCAGAAGGAGUGCGUGUUUGGUAACGAGAAUGCUGUAAUGAAGACUUUGACGCCUAUAUCGGCGGCUGUUAGGAAACGAUGGCUCUCUGAGCUCUACCUACACCUUGGCGACCAGAUGGAGCAGCGAUAA